GCUGUUUCGGCUGCAGAUCCGAUCAGUUUAUGAUCUGCCACCAACAUGGCGCUGCAACCGAGGCAUUCCGCCCUUGCCAUGGUGGCGGUCGUGGCCGGGUUCCAUACCUUUGGAGGCUUCCUGGGCAGUCUUUUUGCUUCACCCCUCCGAUUCGAUUUUCAAUCAGAUUUUCCAACUCGCCAGCAGGCCUCCUCUCCUUUCAUUGGCAGACUUGGCAGCGCAAAGGGUGCAAGCCGGGUGUCCAUGAAAGCAGGUGCAGAAGAAGAAAGCCUACAAUCUGCAAUUAAGGGCGGCAAUUCAGAUCGGAUCACGAAAGCAAUUGAAGCGCUUCCUGCUGCUCCAAAAACAGCAAUGUCAAUGAUUGAGGGCGAUUGGCAGGUCACCUGGGACAGCAAUAGUCUCGGGCCCACCAAGAAAACUCUCCUGAAGCUGGUGUGCGACCAGCUGCCCAACACCAUGGUGGAGUUCUAUAGACAAUACAACCUGAUCCAAGACGGGAAGUACUAUUGGCUAAUGGCCUUCACCAUGGAUGGCAUUCAGAGAACCAAUGCUGCGCUAAUGAUGUCCGGCUCGUGGACCGCAGGCAAAUCAGGUGCCAAAGGCACAGUGGACUUCAACGAGGUCCAAAUCGUGCCCUCUCGACAUGGCAAUGCUGAGAGCCGUGAGGCGAUCCGCACCACUGGACUAGACAGAUACAUGAAGCCGCUGAAGCUCAAAGGUGAUGGUAAAAUUGAAGUUACAAUUCACUACGUGAGCGACGAGACCCUCGUUCAGGAGGAUGAAGUGGGCAACACCUACGUCUUCAAAAAGAUGUCUGAUUCAUAUCCAGUUCCCUAUAUUUUCGCGGACAAGAAGGCAGAGAGCUGAGGGAAGCUGGUGAACCUCGCAAGCUCUCAGCGCGGAAUAGCAAGGGGAGAGAACGCAUGCAAAUAUGAUUUCCC